UUCAGUUGUCCCCCCGCCCGAGGAAAUACCUGGUCUGUACGCCUUUUCUUGAGCUUCUCACUCAUGGAUAUCCACAAUAACCACUUGGGGCUUCCAUCAACUAAAUGGCCCAGUGUUUGCCGCUACGAAGCCUUUCUCAGUUUCAGAGGAGGAGAUGUUCGGGGGGGCUUCGUUGAAUUUCUCUACGAAGGCCUCGCUGAUUCAGGGAUAAUUGCAUUCAUCGAUCAUCGUGGGAUCGAGAUCGGAGAAAAUAUCAUGCGUAUGAUCUUAAAAGUGAUUGGGCACACGCAGAUCUGCAUUCCCAUCUUCUCCAAAGAUUUCGCUUCCAGUAAGAGUUGUCUGAAGGAGGUAGAGAAAAUGGUGAAGUGUGACAGGACAAUCAUGCCCAUUUUCUACGACGUCUCCCCUUCAGUGGUCGGCGAGCAAAAGGAGAGUUAUCAGCAGUCCUUCCGCGACCAUGUGGCCAAGGGGGUGCCGUUAACGACUAUAAACAACUGGAAGAAGGCUCUGCAGAUUGUUUCAAGAAGACGAGGAUGGGAAUUGGAGAAAUUCCAGGACAGGCAGCGUGUACUUAUAAAUGAGGUUGUUUCCACGGUCCGCCGGUUGUUGAGGAAGGAUGACUUACAUGUGACGGCACAUUUAGUGGGGAUGGAUCAACCUGUGCAAGAGGUGAUGAGAAAACUUGGUGUUGGCCAUGAAAAUGGAGAAGUAAUUAGAGGGCAAACGGUGAAAGGAAAACGUGUGGUUGAGAUAUCGGGCCUUCCAGGAAUUGGUAAGUCGACUCUUGCCACGGUUGUCUACAACAAAAUCCAUCAUCUCUUCGAAGGUAAGAGUUUCCUUAGAGAGGUUGAGCAAACGAGACUCCUGUCUCUCCAAGAAAAUUUAGUCGGUGGCCUCCAAAAGAGAGCAUACACAUUCAAAUCUCCUGCUGAAGGUACCGAUUUUAUCAAGUACAAAUUUGGAGAUCUAAGAGUUCUUAUUAUUCUUGAUGAUGUUAGUGAUUUUAAACAAGUCAAUUCACUAGCUGGAGAUCUAAGUUGGUUCGGUCCGGGAAGUAGGAUCAUCGUGAUCUCUAGGAGAAGUAAUCUUGUUGACGACUGUAAUCUUGUGCCUAUGACCUCUACAAGCAACAGUACUGUUAACAAUUGUGAUGACAUCAUCAUUGAAAAAUACGAGCUAAAACAAAUGAAUAGUGACCAUGCUUUUCAGCUAUUUUGUAGUGUUCUUAGAGAAAAACCUCUUAAAAAGGAAUUCUCCUCUUUGGCAUGUGAAAUUAUUUUGGCUGCUGGAAGAAUUCCUCUGGUUAUUGAGGUUGUUGGUUCAAUUUUACGUGGAAAGGACAUAAAGUUUUGGAAGGAGGCAUUGGAUAGAUUGAACCGAGAGCCUUACACUAAGGAAGUGAAAAGAAUUCUGAAGAGUAGAUAUGAAGAUUUAGAUAAAAAUGCCCGAGAGAUAUUUCUUGAUAUAGCGUGUUUUUUUGUGGGAAAAGACAAAACAAUACCCUCUUACAUGUGGGAAGCUUGUAAAUAUGAUCCUUAUAGAGGAAUUGACGAGCUUCAUGACUUGUCUUUGGUCAAAACUAGAGAAAACAAUACAUUGUGGAUGAAUAAUCAACUAAAAGUCCUUGGGAGGGACAUAGUCAGGGAGGAAAAUCCAAGUGAACCUUUCAAGCGGAGCAGGCUAUGGAAUCAGGAGGAUAUCGAACCAGUAUUGAACGAAAGGAAGGAUUGGCAGGACGUUGCAGUUGAAGCCCUUAGUGCCACAUUCGACAAACCCCAUUUAUUUCCUAAAUGUAGAUUCUUUUGUGAUUUCUCGAAGUUUAGGUAUCUUAAAAUGAACCACGCUAUUGUCAAAGCAUAUAAGCAGAGUGCAAAGAGCUCCAGAGAGGAUUUUUUCCUUCGAAGGUUAAAGUGGCUUGAAUGGCAAGGGUGCAACGAUAUCUCCAAUCUACUUGCUUUAGAUAUGUCAAAAUUGAUCAUUCUUGAUUUGUCUGGGAGUACCUCCACCAAUUGGCAAUGCUGGAAACAAAUUAUGAAGGUACGAUGACAUACCUAUGCAUUUUCUUUUGCAUCCAGUUUGACAAUGGCUUGCAGAAA